AUGGUUAUGAUAGUCAACAACAAGAUGAAACCUCCGGGAGGAGAACCAAUCUGGUCGUGGUACUCAAGAGCAGAGCAACUAGACUACCUGAAAGGGUUCCUCAAACCAAUUGCAUUCGAGAAAGGAGAAACAGCUAAGGCCAAAGAUCCUGAGGAUAUAAUUGUUCUAUCAGAUACUGAGGACGAUAUUAACCCAGAAAAUGUCACUGUAGAAAAACCUUUGCCCUUAGUGUCUCUAAAACAAGAACCAAUAGAUGAUGAACAUGAAAAAUUGCCUGUUCCUGAGAAAAAUCUACCCGUGCCUGAUAAUGUCAACCCAGAAUCAGCUGUAGUAUAUGGUCCUCAUCAACUUGAACCUCCUGCUUCCCUUUUCACCAAACUAAACUUGUUUAACAUCAUGGAUGAACACAGAAGAUCAACCUCUCUCACAAAUAGACUGUCUAUUCCACUGAAUAUCCCACAAAGUACAAAACCCACACAAGAUAAAACUUUGUCCUUGCCAUCACCACAAACCACACAAGCAGAAAUCCCUGAACAUCAAAAUCCUGAAAAUCCUCUCCCCAUUCAGUCAGAAAACUCUCAUACUGAUGAAACUAGGUCUGAACCUCAAUCUGAACCAAAUCCUGAAACAACACCUACCAUCCCCAUUGAUGAUUCUCCACUAGAUUUUGAGUUUGAAACAGGAAAUCCUCCAGAAUUACCAGUUGCAGAACAAACUGAUGAAGAAGACAAUCUGCCUUUGUCUCAAGUGAACAAGAACCAAGCAAAAGCAAAAGGAAAGAAGAAGAUUCAAGAGGAACAUGUGGACAAAAAUCCUGUGGCAAAAAUUCAAGUCUUUCCCGCUCCUGUCACCAGGCGAAAAACCAGGUCAUCCACAGCACAACAGGAGAAGGAAACCCCCUCACCAACACGAAAAACCAAGAGAAAACAGCCAAUUGCUUAUCAACCUGCCCCUGUGGAAACCACUACUAGUAAGAAGAGAAAGAAGAUCACCACUCAAACUCAGCAACCUGAAAGCCAGCCGGAUGUCUCUGCCGUAACACCCCUUGAAGUAAUCACCCCUCAAUUCCUAUCUGAUGAGUAUGCUGCAAGGUGGGACUCAACAAACAAAAGGAAAAUCCUGAGCGAAAGGUAUCUUGAUGUUGAAAAGUUCAAGUCUCAAUGCCAACUAAUGCCAGUGUUUGAGAAGCUAAAUCUUGUCAAGUCUGUAACAACUCAGACUAGCUAUCCACCUAUUGCCAUCAAGGAAUUUUAUGCAAACCUUCUGAAGACUAUCAAGGAAGCCGGCUCACAUGUCUACGGACGUGUUUGGCUGAGAGGAAAGGCCGGCUCACAUGUCUACGGACGUGUUUGGCUGAGAGGAAAGGAAUACAAUUUUGACACACGUACCAUCAAUCUGAGAGGAAAGGAAUACAAUUUUGACACACGUACCAUCAAUCUGUAUCUGGGCAUAGAUGCAAGUGACAUUGGUACCAUCAAUCUGUAUCUGGGCAUAGAUGCAAGUGACAUUGAAGACCCUGUUAUUGGUGCAAAUACCAUCACAAAAGUCAUUACAGGAGGAACCUAUAGCUACUGGCCUGCUGAAACCAACAUGUUACCAGCAAAAUCUCUCACAACAAAGUAUGCUAUUCUGCACAAACUAGCCAUGACAAAUUGGAUGCCGAAUGAACACCGAGGAGGCUUAAACUUUCUUAUGGCCACCCUGAUCUACAAGAUAGGCAAAGGUAUUCCCGUUGAUUUAGGUGACAUUAUCUUCAAACAUGUGGCAUCCUUCAGAAAACCAGAGUCUAAGGAGAGCAAGGUAAAGUUGUCUUUCCCCUGCACAAUUUAUGGAGUUCUGUGCUCACAAGGUUUCAAACCAGAACCAAAUGAACCUAUGGAAGCACCACAAGUCAGAACAAUUGAUGCCAGACUGAAACAAGGAAGUCAUGUGCUUGAUAUCUUUCCAGAACAUGCAAGUAGCUCAGCCCCAGCUCUGAACCUUGAUGUACCAUUUACCAGCAAACUCACAGCACAGCACCUCGACAAAAGCAUCAGAGAUCUUAACACAAUCAUCGAGAUACUUGUUGAAAAGAGAACAAUUGAGAUGCAAUUGAGAGAACAAUUGAGAUUGAGAGACCAAGAGAUGACUGCUGCUGUUGCUGAAACACCCACUGAUCCAUCUACUGCACCUGAAGCUGAUUCCACCGCACCUGAAGUUGCUUCCACUGCACCUGAAGCUGAAUCCACUGCAGACAGCCAGGACGAUGAGUCCUCAGAAUCUGAAUGA